AUGAGUGAAUACGACAAAUACUCCACCCCAUUAUCCUCCAGAUAUGCCUCUGCUGAGAUGUCCCAGAUCUUCUCCCUCAGGAAUAGAUUUUCUACCUGGAGAAAAUUGUGGUUGAACUUGGCCAUUGCUGAAAAGGAAGUUGGGCUUGAUGUCAUCACUGACGAAGCCAUUGAACAGAUGAAGAAGCACCUCGAAAUCACCGACGAGGAGAUCGAGGCUGCCUCCAAGGAGGAAGCCAUCGUCAGACACGAUGUCAUGGCUCACGUCCACGUUUUUGGUAAGACUUGUCCUGAAGCUGCUCCUAUAAUCCACUUGGGUGCAACUUCUUGUUACGUUACUGACAACGCUGACUUGAUCUUCUUGAGAGACGCGUACGACGUGAUCAUCCCCAAGUUGGUCAAUGUCAUCGACAGAUUGAGCAAGUUCGCCUUGGAGUACAAGGACUUGCCAGUGUUGGGAUGGACCCACUUCCAGCCAGCCCAAUUGACCACUGUUGGUAAGAGAGCCACCUUGUGGAUCCAGGAAUUGUUGUGGGACUUGAGAAACUUCGUUAGAGCCAGAAACGACCUUGGUUUGAGAGGUGUCAAGGGUACUACCGGUACUCAAGGUUCCUUCUUGUCCUUGUUCCACGGUGACCACGACAAGGUCGAGGCUUUGGACAAGAGAGUGGUUGAAUUGCUUGGAUUCGAACACGUCUACCCUGUCACUGGCCAAACCUACUCCAGAAAGAUCGAUAUCGACGUCUUGUCCCCAUUGGCCUCCUUGGGUGCCACUGCCCACAAGUUCGCUACUGACAUCAGAUUGUUGGCCAACUUGAAGGAAGUGGAAGAACCAUUUGAAAAGUCUCAAAUCGGAUCCUCUGCCAUGGCCUACAAGAGAAACCCAAUGAGAUGUGAAAGAGUGUGUUCUUUGUCCAGACACUUGGGUGGUUUGUUGAGCGAUGCCAUCCAAACUGCUUCCGUGCAAUGGUUCGAGAGAACCUUGGAUGACUCUGCCAUCAGAAGAAUCUCCAUUCCAUCGGCAUUCUUGACUGCCGACAUCUUGUUGAGCACCUUGUUGAACAUCACCAGUGGAUUGGUUGUGUAUCCAAAGGUUAUUGAAAGAAGAAUUGCUUCCGAAUUGCCAUUCAUGGCCACCGAAAACAUCAUCAUGGCUAUGGUCGAGAAGGGUGGUUCCAGACAAGAUUGUCACGAAGAGAUCAGAGUGUUGUCUCACCAAGCCAGUGCUGUUGUCAAGCAAGAAGGUGGUGAUAACGAUUUGAUUGAAAGAGUCAAGAACACCGAGUACUUCAGACCAAUCUGGAACGACUUGGACAAGUUGUUGGAUCCAUCCACCUUCGUUGGCAGAGCUCCUCAACAAACUGAGAAGUUCGUCAACAACGAUGUUGCUAAGGCUUUGGAGCCAUUCAAGGAGCACAUCCACCGUGAAAACGUUUCAUUGAGUGUUUAG